AUACAUACGAAGAUAGAAAUAAACCCUUUUUUUAUAUAUUCAUUUCUAUACUAAUUUUCAUUAAACAAAAAAAAAAGAAAAAAAGAAAACAAUAACAAAAGCUGUCCCCCCUCCCUCCCCACACACAUACACGUUUUUAUUGUUUAACACAUUUGGAAACAUAUAAAUAAUUAAAAAAGUCUUUGUCAUUAUGGUUAGUACAGCAUCAACUUCAAAUACUAAAGCUCAGGAACCUACUAUGGAAAAGACAACAGAAACUAAGAAUGAAGCACCUAAAAAAGUUCCGGCCCCUAUCCCUGAUGUCAAUGUUUGGCAAUUAAAGAAACAAUCUAUGACAACUUCUAAUAAUAACAGUACUGUCAAUGAAACUGCAUGGCCCGCACCUAAAGAGGCUGUUCAAGAAGAAAAUUCAAGUGAUAAAAAAUCUUCAAGUACUAAAGCAGUUAGUAAAGGACAAUGGAAACCCUACACUCCUACUAUUAUUCAUUCCACUCCUAUCACAAGUGGACGUACUGGUUUCCGUGGCGGACAUAACAAAAAUAGAAAGUCUUCUUCAAAAAAUAGUGCAACAGCAGGUCGUUCCAAGUCAACAACAGUACCUACAAAGGAUGAAAAGAAUAAGUCCAAUAUUUCUACUGACCAUAUCGUCGAUACAAAUACAGAAGACAAAUCAGCAGCUACUGAUGUCAGUAUAAAUACAUCCUCUUCCUCUGAGAAAGAAGAAGAAGAACAACAACAACAGGAAUUGAAAGAUACUACUACUACUACUACUACUACUGCUGCUGCUGCUGCUGCUGCUACUACUACUACUACUAGCAGUAGUAAUCAUAAUAAGACUUCUAAUCAUCAUUAUCGUCAAAACCAUUAUUAUAAUCGUGGUAAUGGUAUGAAGCGUGGUAGUAGUAGUGGAUAUCGUGGUGGUGGAUUCCCUCGUUAUUUUAAUAGACCUAAUCCUUCAGCUUAUUUAAAUGUCGAUCCUGAAACAUUAAAAGCUUAUAUUUGUCAACAAAUUGAGUAUUAUUUUAGCAUUGAUAAUCUCUGUAAAGACUUAUAUUUGCGUAGUCAAAUGGAUACUGAAGGCUAUGUUCCUCUCUCUCUCAUUGCUGGAUUCAAUCGUGUUAGAGGAUUGACAAAUGAUAUGUCCCUUGUACGUGCUGCUUUAGAUCUUUCACAGAUCUUGGAAGUAAAGAAGCAAGAGAAUGGUGAACUUUUACGUAAAAAGGAAGGUUGGGAAACUUGGGUGCUACCUGCUUCAGGUACUACAGCAACAACAAAAUCAGGUAUUCCUCAAAUUAUAAACUCUGUUCCUGCUGGUCCUGCCCCUAUCCCAACUUUAGUUUCUUUAACCAAUCAGUCUGCUCAAAAAUCAACUUCUACUACUUUGAAUCCCGCUUCUUCUAAACCUACUACUACCACUACUACAACAACAACAACAACUGCUGCUGCUGCUGCGGAUGAUGAUUUGUUCGAGUUUGAAGAUGACGAAUGGAUUGAUGGCAGUCGUCCUAAUACAGUCAAGAAGUAUUAUAUUUCGGAUGAGGAUUAUGAGGAUGAGGACGAGGAUUAUGAAUUUGAUGAUGAUAAAGUGGCUCGUAUUAUGAUUGUUACUCAACGUAAGCAUGACCGUUCACAUCAUUCCUUUGAUCGUGCAAAAAUGAAUGAUGAAAUUGCAGAAAUGAUCAAUGAAGGUUUGUAUCAAUACGAAAGAGGACUUGAUACUACUAAGCAAACAAGUGAACCUAAGGUAGGCACAAUGGAUUCUAAACACUUUGCUCAAUUGAGUUCAAGUGCAAAGAAGGAUGUACCACCUCUCACACCAUCCAAACCUGUUAAGUCCAAUAAGAAGAAAUCGACUCGUUUCUAUCCUAGUCGCCGUGAAUCGAUGGUUACACGCUCAUCUAAUAACUCUACUUUAUCUGUUCUUGAUACAAAAAAGGAAGAACAUGAUGGUCAUGUUGGUUGGGUUCUUAGUGAUCAACCAUACCAUCCUCCUCAUGAUACCUUAUCUACCAGUCUUGGUAAAUCUCCCUUAUCUGAAAGCCAUCUUUCUACAUCUGUUGAUACCGUGGCCCAUUCCUUUGGUAGUUUCCAACAUCCUAGCGUUGACUUCCUACGUGAUAAGGGAUUCGUUCAACACAAGUACUACAAGUAUCAUGCUAAGGCCUUAAAGGAACGUAAACGUUUAGGUGUUGGGCAAUCUCAAGAAAUGAAUACUCUUUAUCGUUUCUGGUCCCAUUUCUUACGUGAUCAUGCUAACAAACGCAUGUAUAAUGAAUUCAAACGUUUAGCUGUUGAAGAUGCUAAUCACAACUACCGUUAUGGUCUUGAAUGUUUAUUUCGACUUUAUUCUUACGGUCUUGAAAAACGUUUCCGUAAGGACAUGUUUGAAGAUUUCCAAGAAUUGACUUUAAUGGAUUACGAUUAUGGCAGUCUUUAUGGUUUGGAAAAGUUAUGGGCAUAUGAUUAUUAUCGUAAAGAUAAGAAGAAGAGAGUGCUAGUAUUCAAUGAACGUAUCGCUCAAUUACUUGAAAAAUAUAAAACAAUUAAAGAUUUUAGAAGUUCUCAAGCACCCAAAAAGGUUGAAAAUGCCACUUAUUCGGUACCUAAUCAUAAGCAGCAAAAAAAUAGUAAUGGUCCUUCAAGAAAAUCAAAUUAAUCUAUCAAAAAAUUAUUAUCUAUUUUUUUAAGUUUUUUUCUUUUUUUUUUUUUUU